AGCGGCUGCCGGUAACGGCUGCUGCGGGGCGGGUGGGGCGCGGAGGGGCCGCCGCGGCCCUCCCGCUGAGGCGGGGCUUGCUCUCCUCCCGCCGAAGAUGUUGGUGCACGUCUGGGGGCUGCUGUACAGCAACUACCUUCGGUUCUGGCUGAAGUGGCUCCUGAGGCUGCUGACUCGGAAGUGCGAGCUGCAGCGGCUCCUGGGCGGCGCGGAGGCGGGCGCGCGCCGGACCCUGGGCGUAGAACAUUCGCUGAAAUCAUCAAAGAAUAAGGUUUUAAGAAAUGCUGUACACAUUGAGGAAGUUGAAGUGGAGAAGUGUGUCAGAGAUGUAAUGAAAGAAAAGAAAAUUGAUCAGAAGGAUACAGGGUUUAAGACAAAUCUGCAUAUAUCCUUACUGCAAAUAUCAGGUUACAAAAAACUUUACUUGAACGUGGAAAAUCUGAGGAAGAUCCCGUAUGACUCGGAUAACGAAGAACAUGAGGAACAGUUAAUCGAGCUUUGGAAUUUGCUGAUGCCUCAUGAGAAUCUGAAGGCCAGAAUCACAAAGCAGUGGUGUGACAUUGGCUUCCAAGGUGAUGAUCCCAAAACAGACUUCAGAGGAAUGGGCCUGCUGGGGUUAGUGAACCUGCUGUAUUUUAGUAGGCAUUACACCAAUGAAGCUCGUCAGAUCCUUUCUCAUUCAAAUCACCCAAAGCUGGGAUAUUCUUAUGCAAUAGUGGGAAUCAACCUGACAGAAAUGGCAUACAGCUUACUUAAGAAUGGUGCUUUAAAGUCUUAUCUGUACAACGUGGUCUCUGGAUUGCCACAAAUGGAGCACUUCCACCAGUUUUACUGUUAUCUGGUUUAUGAGUUUGACAAGUUCUGGUUUGAGGAAGAACCCGAAAGCAUUAUGCACUUCAACCAGUACAGAGAGAAAUUCCAUGAAAAAAUUAAGGGACUUCUUCUGGAUUGUAAUGUGAUACUAACCUUACAAAAUGCAAAGAAACCUUAACUCCACUGCAGUCUAUGAGAUUCUCCAUCAAAAACAGCAUUAUGCGUUUGGAUGGGAGUUUUUAAUGUUUCAGCAAAAACUGUUCAACAACGGAACUUUUUUUUUUACAUUUAAAAAAAUAAUCAAAAUUCAGUUAAAGCUUGGACAAUCAACCUCUGUUUACAGGUCUUUAUAUGCUAUUCUCCAAAGGACAGCUUUGUUUUGUGUUUUUUUUGUUUUGUUUUUUUGUUUGUUUUUUUUAAACAACAAACAAAAAAGCAACCCACAAAUCUCAAGAGCCUCUGGAUCACUUGCUUUCACAAUUUUUUUGUACUUCUUGGUGCAGGAACAUAAAGCAGGUAUUUAUGCUGCAUCAUGUUUUCCAUUAAUAGGUUUGACUGUUAAUUGUCUUUUCAAAAAUCCUUUUAUUUGAAAUUACUUUGGUUUCAAACUUUUCGCAUUAUUUUUCUGUACAUGUAGUUGAUUGUUCACUCAAUGUUAAAUUUCUCUGUAAUGAAGAAGUCCCCCAAAGGGAUAUAUUAGUUGCUUAUGAUUUUCAAGAAGAGGGUUAAUCUACCAACAUACUGAUGUAUUACUAGAAAUUACUUCUGGCUAAGGAAGGUGUUUUUUUGUUUGUGUUGGUUUUUUUUUUGUUUGUUUUUUUUUUUUGUGAUUUUUUUCUUUUUUUUUGUUUUGUUUUUGUUUUGUUUUUAAAUCUAUGGAUUUGUACCAGCAUACUCCUAUGCUUGGAAGAAGCUUAGUUUGCAAACUAACAAAAAGAACCAUAAAUCAUCAGUGUGAGGAUUAAAUCCUCAGACUAAAGCUACUUCUAAAAUUAUUCCUACUGUAAAAAAAUUUAAUUCUGUCUAAUCUGACUUCAGCCACUCAAUUUUUAUCUGUUGUCAGCCCUUUAUUUUGGCAGCUAAUGGGGUAUUCUCAGUGGGAAGUACAAGAGUUAACUCUUUUAGAAAGUCCACUCACUAAAAACCUUGGUUGCAACUGCAGUCCCUUAUUUGUACUCCCGUGUGAAUUUAUUUUCACAAGUCUCUAACAAAGAUGUAUUUUCCACAGAAGAGAUGCAAUUGAAACAUGUUUCUUAAUCUUUGCAUCCUCAGACAAUCUAGACAAUAGGAGUUCAUACCUAUAUUGUGACUAAUUAUUGCUUAAAGCAAAUCUAAACAGAUUUGGUAUGACCAUCACUUUAUUUUCUAAAACCUACUAUUAAACAAGUGCCUUCUGCUUUAUUCAAUUAGUUUGAUUCUGUAACCAGAUCAUAGCCUUAGAAGCUUGAGUUGUUUGGGAAAGACUCUUUCGAUAUAUACCUAAAUAGCACACAGUGGCACAGAAUUUCUAUUCUAAUAGAAGCUUUCAUGCCUUUUUUCUUUUUUUAAAUCAUCUCAGGUAAAUUAGUUAACUUUUAGUCCAUAGCCAAUUCUUGAAAAAUGCAAAUACUGAACAGAAGAAAAAAACUCCUAUUUUGUAAUGAGUAGUUACACUACAUAAGUAUUAAACGUAUUAUUAUAACACUACAUGUCCUUGGAGAUAAAACUGAACUGGACGUGGUCCUAAGGAGCCUGCUUUAGGUGACCCUCCUUUGGGCCAGGGGUCAAGCCAGGUUGCCUUCCCACCUCCGUAAUUCUGUGAGCCUUUCUUGUGUAACUAGGGACUUCUUGCACUGCAUCCACCCGAUUGCCCUUGGUCCCUUAAAUGCUGGUGAUCUUUUAUUGGUGGGAAAGCUCCUGAUCCCUGUAGACAGUAUGUACAUAGGAGGUAACGCAGUUCUGUCUUCUUUUUAUGGUACCUUAGAUAUAGAUAAGAGUUCAACAGUUGUUAAGUUUAACGUGCAGGGUGGAGAUGUGUUCAUCUUACCUGUGUUGGGUUGAGGCUAUUUUUUAGUAAUAAAAGUUAGUGUGAAGAUGCUUGUAGGGGGUUCAUGGUUGUGCUAUGGCAUGUAAACUGAACAGCUAAACUGACAGGAUUAGAUACAAAACUGACCAUAGAAAGCCUAGUUCUGGAGCUCUGUUUCUCUGACCCUUGCAGAUACUGGGACACCGCUAAAGUCUGAGGAAGCAAGCAGAAAGCAGACUCCCAGUGGCUGAGACCUUAGUCAUCUGUUACUUUCUUGCCCCAGCUUCUGUCAUGUUUCCUUCAUUAAUAAUCUUUGCUAUUGCUUGUAGAUCUCCUUUGCAAGCAACACAAGACUGACUGAUUUUCAGCUGUGACCCCAGUAUGUGUAGCAGCAGCAGCAAAGGAGAUCUCAUGCUUUAUUUUCAUCCACUGCUUGCUAGAAAGUACAAAAUUGCUGUAUCCACCUCUCCAAAACCUCCGCUGUGCUAGAGUCCACAGUUUCGGGUUCUUUUGGCAACAGUUGCAAAAACAAUGUACAUCCUCCUCUUUCCAGCCUUGAAACUUUAACUCUUCUGGACUAAGGGAGUGACAUGUAACUACUGCUGAGGCUUUUAAAGCCCAAUCAUCAACUUUCAGAUUUACUUUUACAGACCUAGACAUUUUAGAGCAGAAUGUAGAUUGACCCUGGUGGUGAGAUGCAUCUUCAUUAGUUUUGGUUUUUUUAAGUCAAAGUAAACCCAGCCAUCCUCAGAUGAGUGAGAUAUGUGGGAAUACAUGAACCUGCAGGUAGUAAUUAAAGUGAAUGUUUAUGUUAGGCUCCACCACACUUUUCCAGUAAACAGUUAGAAUUCAUAUGUAGGUUUGCACGAUGAAGUAGCCCAGUCCUUCCUUCUAGUAGCCACUCCCUAUAGGUAGGCUAGUACAGGGUCUCCUUGUUUUGUACCUGUGGUAGGAUAAUUGUGUUAUGGUGGUAGCUAGAAAAUAUAUGGAAAAAAGGUAAAACUGUUUAGGGAAGAGAAGUACAGUGUUUUACUACUUAGUGGUACUCUAUACUAUCUCUGUUCUAGAGUGACAAUCCUAAGGUUAUAGAAGAUUCAGAAUGGAGGUAGCCACCUUUCUGCAAGUUGAUAUAAUCAAUUUGUUUAACAUCAGAAUUUUUGCUCAUGGUUUAUUCUAAGAGUCUUAAAACUUUGGUAAAUUCUCUUUAUUUAUUAACUGUCAUGUUUUAAACUAUGUAUUAUCUUACUAGAAUUUGCAAGUACCAUUAGUUUUCUAACUUGCUGCCUCUCUAAAGCAUUCACUGUGUGAAAGUUUAUAUGCAGUAGCAUUUUUCAGAAAAAAAAAUACAAAACUGAAGACAAGGUGGUUCUCUAAAUUUUUUGUUGUUGUUCCUGUAGCAACUGUUUAACAAACUACCUCCACUUCUGUUGUUUAGUGUGUUCUUGAAACAUGGUGCCACUCUAUGAACAAACUAAUCUGAAGUUUACCGUAAGCAAAAGUAAACUCUUACUAAGUAAACACAUUGCUUCAUAAGUAACCAACUCGAUUGGAGAUUGAUUUGAAGACAGUGCUACUUAGGAAGAAAGUAGCUGAGAAUGUUUUUUAACUGGUUGUGCUUCUGUCAUCUGAUACAGCAAUGUAAAGAACAGGGCAUUUUGUCCUAAAGGACAAUAGGAAAAGGGGUCAAUUUAAGCACCUCAGAUAAACAGUUUUGGAUUUUCACUCUGUGAAAAACAAAACAAAUGCAAACAAAAAACCCAAACACACACAAAGCCCCAAGAGUUAGUUUUCCAGCUUUUCCAUCCUAGUUUAAAUAACACAUUUUACAAAAAAAUAUUGGUUAGCCUUGUCUUAUGAAUUAUCAUGAUGAAAAAGUUUGUAUUUAGUUAGGUGGGAGUUCUUGAAAAUAAUGCUAGUGAAAGCAUGGUAAAGAUGUAAUCUGUUGUUUCUUUCUAUCACACUUGUUUUGUGUUGCUGUAGUACAGUGGUGUUCACUCUUCGGAGAGAUGUUUCUUGUGCCAGUCUGUAUAUUGUCUUUCUCUAGGGAAGAGAAAAAAAAACAGCCCCAGACAGCUUGUGGGCAGUUUCUUCUUAUCACACUGUGCUUAGAUUGCUGCAUACUCAUAGAAAUUUCUGUUUACCACAGUAUAAAAGCAAUAAUGUAAACUGUGAUGUCUGUGUAAUAGAAAGAGAUGUUUACAAUGGUAGUAAAUAAAGAACGAGUUACUCCAAAA